UACAUGGUGAUUUUCUAAAAUCCUCUUUUCAUGGGCCAAUUUGUGUAAAAGUGGUUGGAAUCAAACAGUGGGCCCUGAAUCUUCAUUCUAAUGUUUGAUUUUUGAAUGGAAAAGUGGAAAUUCAAUCUUCCAUGCUGUUGUUUUUUUUUUAUUUGUAAUUGGGAAAGGGUCUGAAGGUCAUCACCUUUCAGGUGUCAUCACCUGUUUUUAACAGGUGGGCUUGUCUGGAGACGUUAAACAUUUAGCAUCACGUUCAAAUACUUAAACAUAAACCUGUGAGGUUAAUCUGAAAGUUGAAUGUCACUAAAUGAUGAACUUUCAGCCUUUGGGGAGGCAGGACGCCGCUGUUGGUUCCCCCAGACCACCAACUGGACCUCAGAAUCAGAACUUUCUGAGGGUCCAGAUAAGGAUCCAAACAAACGUCGCGUGAAAGUUUCUCCGCGUGGGUUUUCAGCCUCUGAUGUGGACUCGCGCGUGACAGUUCCACACCUUUUGACUUGAAUCAAUCCAAUGCGCCUUCGAUCCGUGAUCGAUACUCGAUCCGAAACGGGCCACGGAGGACCCGGACGGCUUUUCUGGACCGGCAGGCAAAGCUGGAUCCCAGCACGGGAAUGAUUUCAGUCGGAAGGGGGAUGCCAGGGGCCAGCUGGUGGCAGAGCGACUCGGCCUGGGUCAGAACCUGGACUUGUCUGACUCCAUGGUCCAGCAGAAGCUGGACGAGAUCAAAGAGCAGAUCCGCCGGGAGAUCCGCAAAGAGCUCAAAAUCAAAGAAGGUGCUGAGAACCUGCGCAAGGUCACCACAGACAAGAAGAGUCUGGCUUAUGUCGACAACAUGCUGAAAAAGUCUAACAAGAAGGUUGAGGAGCUUCAUCAGGAGCUCCAGGAGCUGAACGCCCAUAUUGUGGUCAAAGACCCAGAAGAACGACUAGAAUCCCCAGUGACCCCGGACACGCCAAACAGCGAAGCCCGGAUGACCAGCAGCAGCAGCCGCCUGGCGGCCCUAAAGCGCCAAAAUGAUAUCGAGCUGAAGGUGAAGCAGGGAGCCGAAAACAUGAUUCACAUGUACUCCAACGGGUCUUCCAAGGAUCGUAAGUUACUCGCCACGGCUCAGCAGAUGCUUCAGGACAGCAAGACCAAGAUCGAGUUCAUCAGGAUGCAGAUCCUCAAGGCCAGUCAGGAGACCGAGCUGAGCUUUGAGACCAGCGAAGUGAUGGAUAAGCCCAUCAUCAGCCCUUUAGAUCUGCGGGUGGAGGAGCUGUGCCACCACGCCAGGAUAGAGUCUGCUGUGGCUGAAGGAGCCAAGAACGUGAUGAAACUGCUGGGCUCAGGGAAGGUCACAGAGAAGAAGGCUCACUUGGAGGCUCAGGCCCGGUUCAACGAGUCCAGUCAGAAGCUAGACCUCCUGCGGCAUUCUCUGGAGCUGCGCCUCAACGAGUUGCCGAAAAGCGACCCUCGCAGCCACAGCAUCAUCGAGGAGCUGUCCCUGCUGUCCUCACCGGCCCUCAGUCCCAGAUCCAGCUUCAUCUCCACACAGAACCAGUACAGCACCGUCACCAAGCCCGCCGCGCUCACAGGAACGUUGGAUGUCAGGCUCAUGGGCUGCCAGGAUCUUUUGGAAAACAUCCCAGGACGCCUUAAAACGGCGUCUGUGGUGCUUCCUGGGUGGAGCCCCAGCGAGACGCGCUCGUCCUUCAUCAGCAGGGCGAACCGGAACCGCAGCGUGAGCUCCAGGAACCUGGCGAAGAGCGAGGAGCUCUCCAAUGAGAUCAGUGCUGUACUGAAGCUGGACAACACCGUGGUUGGACAGACGAACUGGAGGCCUGCCAGCAACCAAGCCUGGGACCAGAAGUUCACACUGGAACUGGACCGGUCUCGGGAGCUGGAGAUCUCCGUGUACUGGAGGGACUGGCGCUCGCUCUGUGCUGUCAAGUUCCUGCGGCUGGAGGACUUCCUGGAUAACCAGCGUCACGGGAUGUGUCUGUAUCUGGAGCCGCAGGGGAUGCUGUUUGCGGAGGUGACGUUUUUCAACCCCGUCAUUGAGAGGAGGCCGCGGCUGCAAAGACAGAAGAAGAUUUUCUCCAAACAACAGGGCAAAACCUUCCUGCGAGCCCCUCAGAUGAACAUCAACAUCGCCACCUGGGGCCGGCUGGUGAGGAGAGCCAUCCCCACCGUCAGCACCAACUCCUUCAGCCCGCAGGGAGCAGAGACGGGACACAGCAGCCUGCCCGGUUCUCCCACGCCCUGCAGUGACCCGCUUGUGACCAAACUGGACUUUGACAAAGAACCCACUCCAGGACCCAAACACUACCCCGCAUCUGAAGUAGCUGUAGAACCACCAGCGCUGCUCAAUCUGCCCGACAACAAGGAUGAAGUUCGGAACGCUCUGUCCUCGUUUGACUUCCUGAGCAAGAGGAACAGCGUUGUGAUGAACCCGGACAUUCUGGACCAGAACUUCCAGGAUCCAGAGCUGGAGCUUCCGGUCCACAAACCCAGAGACGUAGAUCCAGAGAUCAGGGACGACGAGCAGUUCCAGUUCAGUCUGCAGGACUUCAGGUGUGUGGCUGUGCUCGGGCGUGGUCACUUCGGAAAGGUGCUCCUGGCUGAAUAUAAAAGCACCGGAGAGAUGUUUGCCAUCAAAGCCUUGAAGAAAGGAGACAUAGUGGCUCGAGAUGAGGUGGACAGCCUGAUGUGCGAGAAGAGGAUCUUUGAGACGGUCAACAGCGUCCGCCACCCCUUCCUGGUCAACCUGUUUGCGUGCUUCCAGACUCCGGAGCACGUGUGUUUUGUGAUGGAGUACGCGGCGGGAGGCGACCUGAUGAUGCACAUUCACGCCGACGUGUUCUCAGAGCCGCGGGCUGUGUUUUACGCUGCCUGCGUCGUGUUGGGGUUACAGUUCCUGCAUGACCACAAGAUCGUCUACAGAGACCUGAAGCUGGACAACCUGCUCCUGGACACGGAGGGUUAUGUGAAGAUAGCAGACUUUGGGCUUUGUAAAGAAGGAAUGGGCUACAGGGACCGGACCAGCACCUUCUGUGGGACCCCUGAGUUUCUGGCCCCCGAGGUGUUGACAGAGACGUCGUACACGCGCGCCGUGGACUGGUGGGGGCUCGGCGUCCUGAUCUUUGAAAUGCUGGUUGGAGAGUCUCCCUUCCCUGGUGAUGAUGAGGAGGAGGUGUUUGACAGCAUCGUCAACGAUGAAGUGCGCUACCCACGGUUUCUGUCCACAGAGGCCAUCUCCAUCAUGAGGAGGCUUCUGAGGAGGAGUCCAGAACGGCGUCUGGGAGCAGGAGAGAAGGAUGCAGAGGAGGUGAAGAAACAUCCCUUCUUCAGGAACAUGGACUGGGGCGGGCUGUUGGCCAAGAAGGUGAAGCCGCCGUUCGUGCCGACCAUCCAGGACGCCAACGACGUCAGCAACUUUGAUGAAGAGUUCACCUCAGAAGCUCCCAUCCUGACCCCCCCCAGGGAGCCCCGGAUGCUGAACUCGGAGGAGCAGGGCCUGUUUUCGGACUUCGACUACAUUGCUGACUGGUGCUGAUUUCACCCCAACGUACUGUGAAGAGCGCAGCCUUCUUCCGGAGCGCCUCCUCUUUCCUGCCGACAUGGAGAAAGGAACCGUGUGCCAUUACAGGAGUCCAGGAGAGGCCUGCAGAGGACAGCGGGCGUUUUAACCCACACGAAGAGCUGUUUUCUCUUUUAAAGAACAAAUGAAUGACAGUGACAGACUGACGGCGGCGGCGGCGUCCGCUGUCUGACCACUGAGAAUGUUUUUACCCUGGAACGCUGAGGAGACGCUUCCACCACAACCACGUCUGUAGCCGUGUUCGUACCGGUUGUCCUGUGCCGACUGUUGCUCUGCAGACGACUUGGCCUCAUCUGGGUUGAACAGAAGUCUCCCAUCAGUCACUUACAGCAACCUUGACUACUACUUCUUCUUCUUGACUUGAAAACCAAGCGAGCCUGAACGCCACACUUCCCUCCUGGUUGUUGGAGUUCAGGUCGGUUAACCCAUCAGGCCAGCCGGCUCUGCAUCCCACGACUUCCUGCAGAAAGCAGAAACUUUUCAGUUCAAAUGCCUUUGGCGCCCUCUAGUGGCUCCGCGUGUUUUCAUUACCUCGACACAGUUAGCGGGCGGGACUGGACCCGGUCCAGCUGCCAAAACCAAAAUGAGCUCAAGGGGAAGCGGCUCCAUGAAGCCAGUGCAGACCGCUGCCGUGUUUCCAUGGAGACCGUUUUAACGUGGCGUUGUUGAGAACAGCAGUCUUUCAACGUGACUCUGACCUGUUGACAUGAAUCACUUCGGGGAGGGGGGGGGGAUAUGUUAUAUACAUACUGUAUGUACACAGUUGAGCUGAAAGCACUAAUUUUAUCUGUAGUUAAAGUUUAGCAGUUCCUUCAUGAGAAUAGAUUGUACAGUUGUUUUCUGUCUGAACGGUACACCCAUCAGUCCCACCUGCUGCCGUUCGUCUCCUCUCACUGUUUGUUACCUAUCAUGAAUGCACAAAUUAAACCUUUGGAAUAGUG